AUGAUUUAUGCCCACGCCGGAGGUUUUGGCAUCACCAUCGGGGCACAUCGUCUAUGGACACACAAGGCAUUCAAAGCGAAGUUGCCACUCGAAAUAAUAUUGAUGCUUUUAAAUUCUAUCGCAUUUCAAAGCACCGCAAUUGUGUGGAUACGGGAUCACAGACUGCAUCACAAAUACAGCGACACUGACGCGGACCCGUACAACGCUUCUAGAGGCUUCUUCUUCUCGCACAUCGGAUGGCUAUUUGUGAAGAAACAUCCGAAAGUAAUAGAAAAAGGGAAGACCAUUGAUAUAAGCGAUAUUACUAAUAAUCCCGUGUUGAAGUUUCAGCAGAAAUAUGCAAUUCCCGUGAUAGGAAUGUGCUGUUAUGUUAUACCAACGCUGAUCCCAAUCUAUUUCUGGAAUGAAUCUUUCACAAACGCCUUCUACCUUAACGUAUUUCGCCAUGUUUACGGACUUCACGUAACGUUCAGCGUCAACAGCGUCGCCCACAUAUGGGGCAACAGGCCGUACGACAAAACCAUCAAUCCAACCCAAUCGAUCAUCGUUUCUCUCUGUUGA